UGUACGGUGAUGUACCGUUGCAUUUUCCAUAUGCAGAUGAAUAAAAAAAAAUUGACAUUGACAGAUCAUACGGUAAAAUCACAAAAGAAGUUGAAAAGGAUUACAAUAAUUAAUUGUGUCGGUGUAAAUAUAUUUCAACAAGUAUGGAAGGAAUUCAAAUAAUAACACAAGAUUUCGUGAACGUACACAUAACAAAGUCGGAUAAGGAUGACACAGCCCCCGUGGAGCGCCGUUUCAAGAAAGAUAUCACCGUGCAAGAUUUUAAGACUAAACUGGAAAUGGUGACUGGAGGUUCAGCUGCAACAAUGAAACUUAAAGUUUAUGACAAUAAAAACAACUUUGUGUGUGACAUAGACAAUGAUGCAGCUCUGCUUGGAUCCUACCCUGUUGAUGAUGGCAUGAGGAUACAUGUCAUAGACCACUUUGCACUAGUCAAGGACUUUGAAUCUUCUGAUGCAGCAGAAAGGUUUCGUCUAUCCGAAGAGGAGUAUGAGAAGAAGGAUGACACGUUACGCUCGUUCCUGCAGCGCAACAAGCUGGGCAAGUACAAUGAGGAGGAGAUGAACAAGAUGAAAGAGCAGCAGCAGAAAGAGUUGGAGGAUGAAGCCAAACUGGCCGAAGCUGUGCUGGUGGGCGCGCGAUGCGAGGUGCGUGUACCGUCGCAGGGUACGCGGCGCGCCACCGUCAGGUACAACGGGCCCCUAGAAGGAGCGCGCGGGAUCUGGAUCGGCGUGCAGUACGACGAGCCCCGUGGCAAGAACGACGGGUCAGUGAACGGUAAAAGAUACUUCACAUGUCCACCAAAGUACGGAGGCUUCGUUAAACCCAUGUAUGUCACGGUCGGGGACUUCCCCGAAGAAGAACUCGACUUGGAGGAUGAGAUAUAAGCCCCUCAAAACUCUAUGUAUGCAAAGAAUGCUUUGAAUGUUGUGUUAAUUGCAGUGGUGUCAGGGAAGCAUCGAUGAGAUAAAAAUCAGCAAAGUGUGGGGCAGAAGGUAUAGGUUAUAGUACAUUACUGUACAUUAUAUGUAUAUUAUAGUUAUAUAUUAUAUUUAUAUAUUUGUGUAAUUUUUAUAUU